AUGAGUGGCGAUAUCUAUGUGAAAUACAAUCCGAAGGAUGCUCAAGUCAAAACAUGGUCUGUUCACCGGACAUUAGAGCCACUUGUUACGCAAGUUACAACAUUAAUAUCUGAACAGCCGUCAAAUAAGAAAAAAGGUCGAUCAAAACGUGCACAUUUAUUAGUGUCAAGUGUUAUAAAAGCCACCGAGAAUUUUAUCAGUAAAGCAAUUGAAAUCGCAAAUGAAAAUCCCGAUAUGAAAAAUGAUCUGUUUGCAAGUAUGGAAGAUGUGAAAGCAGCAGGUGAUCAAAUGGCUGUUCUGUCAAAAGAUUUUGCCGAUGAUCCAUGCUCAAAGGGAAAACGUCAACAAAUGAUUGCUGCUGCCAAAGUGCUGUUAACAUCUGUCACUCAUUUAUUAAUUUUAGCUGAUCUCGUUGACGUUCAACUUAUAUUAAAAUCAAUUCGUUUGGUUGAAGAUGAUCUGCAACAAAUACGUGACGCAUCAAAUCAAGAAGAAUUGAUUCAUUAUUACAAACAAUAUGGAAAAGAUAUUAUUGAUCUCAGUAAUCAUGCUCAUCGUCGUCAAUAUGAUCUUGUCGAUCGUCUUGAACAAGAAAAAUUAGCUCAAGCGCGUGGCACUAUAAAACGUACGUCCGUAAUGUUAUUGACAGCAUCAAAAGCCUAUAUUCGUCAUCCAGAAAUAACAUUUGCACGUGAAAAUCGUGAUUAUGUGUACAAUCAAUUGCGUGAUGCUGUUAAUACAAUAUCGUCGAUAACUCAGGGUAAACCUGUACCAAAUGCACAAAAUAUAAAAGAAUCAAUGAGUGCUGUGGGUGAUUUAACUAGAGCAUUAAAUGAAUUUGAUAAAAUAGUUGUUAUGAAACCAACGAAAUUUAAUGAGCAGUUGAUUCGUCCACAAUUAGAAGAACGUUUAGAAAGUAUCAUAUCAGGCGCUGCUUUGUUAGCUGAUUCAUUAUCAACAAGAGAUGACAGACGUGAUCGCAUCGUUCAAGAGUGUAAUGCAGUUAGACAAGCUUUACAAGAAUUGCUCGAUGAAUAUAUUCAACAUUCUAGAAAGAAAAGUUCUGAUGAAGAUGUUAAUCGAAAAAUUCAAUCAAUGCAAAAUAAAACACGCGAUUUACGUAAACAAUUACGCAAAGCAGUUAUUGAUCAUGUUAGUGAUACAUUUUUGGCAACAAAUGUUCCCUUAUUAGCAUUAAUUGACGCUGCUCGACGUGGUAAUCAGGCGUUGGUUGAAGAAAAUGCCAGAAUAUUUAUGGAACAUGCCAGCAAAUUGGUUGAAGUUGCUAAUGUUGCUUGUUCAAUGUCAGAUCAAGCGGAAGGUAUCAAAUUGGUUCGAUUAGCAGCAUUGCAAAUACAAAAUCUUUCACCACAAGUUGUUAAUGCUGCACGUGUAUUAGCUGUUCGUUCAACAUCAAAAGUAGCACAAGAAAACAUGGAAGUCUUUCGUGAUUCAUGGGAAAAACAUGUUCGUCUAUUAACAGAAGCUGUCGAUGAAAUAACAACAAUUGAAGACUUUUUAGCUGUUUCUGAAACUCACAUUUUAGAAGAUAUUAAUCGUUGUAUUCAGGCGAUGGUCGAAAGAGAUGCUGAUCGAGUUGACCGAACGGCUGGUGCGAUUCGUGGACGAUCUGGACGGGUUAUAGAUGUUGUUACUGCUGAAAUGGAAAAAUAUGAACCUGGAGAAUAUACAGCUAGUGUGAUGGAUAAAGUUAAAACAUUGAGAGAUCAAAUUAUGCCAAGUUUUGCUGAUGGCAUUAAACAAGCUAUCGAUGCUUUGUGUAUGAAACCGGCACGUGAACCAGAUGAAAAUGAUGUUAUUGAAGCGUCUAGAUUAGUUUAUGAUGGCAUACGAGAUGUACGAAAUGCUGUACUUAUGAAUCCGGAACUUGAAUGGCCAAGCGAUGAAGAAGAUGGUUUAGGUGAUGAAAUUUAUGCACCAUCACAAGCAUCUAGUCAUGGACCAUCAUCUGACAGUGUACGAGAAGAUGUGGAAAUAUAUCCAGGAAAAAAUGAUAAUCCGAGUCGUGAUAUGAUGAGACGUUUACCAAAAGAAGAACGUGAACAAAUUGAACUUCAAGUUGAAGGUUUUAAAAAGACAAAACGUGAUUUUGAUCGUGAAGUAUUGAAAUGGGAUGAUAAAGGAAAUGAUAUUAUUGUUUUGGCAAAAAAAAUGUGCAUGAUUAUGAUGGAAAUGACUGAUUUUACACGUGGUCGUGGUCCAUUACGAACAACAAUGGAUGUUAUACAUGCUGCUAAAAUGAUUUCAGAAUGUGGUACAAAAUUAAAUAAAUUGGCAAAAGAUAUUGCUGCACAGUGUGCCGAAUCUCAGUCAAAAGCUGAUCUUGUUGCUUAUGUUGAUCGCAUCACACUCUAUUGUCAUCAACUGGAUAUCACUAGCAAAGUGAAAGCCGAUGUUCAAAACAUCAGUGGUGAAUUGAUCGUUAGUGGUCUUGACAGUGCUACAUCAUUGAUAACAGCCGCUAAAAAUUUGAUGAAUGCGGUGGUUUUAACUGUAAAAGCAUCAUACAUAGCAUCAACAAAAUAUCGCAACAAAUCGGGAAAUAAAGAGCCGAUUGUUCAAUGGAAAAUGCGUAUGCCAGAAAAGAAACCAUUAGUGUUAGUCGAUCGUCCAAAUGAAUCAACUCGUAUUCGUAAAGGAGCAAUGAGAAAACGUUUAGAACCUAUGCAAGUUUUAAGUGAAUUUCAUAAUUAA